GCUUCUGCUACUAACAAUGACGCACUUUAUAGCCACGGUCGAUGAAGCAGAGCAUCAAUCACCAUCACUCUUUUGAUUAGAUUUACUUGGAAUUUGCAAUUCCUUUCAGAACAACGUUUUCUCCCAUAGAGAUCUCUUUCAGCCACCUCUCCAACUCGUGCCUCGGUUAUAUACGUGCUUGACAUGAAGGCGUUUUCCCUAAACGCUCCACUGAAUCCCCAGUGUCUGCGAAUUUUUAUUAGACUGCGGUGCAACUUGCCACAAAAAGGAUCAGGUAAAUCUUUUCGUGCUCAGGAAUUUUCAUCUAAAUGUAGCUGCCAGCUCGCCUAUAUGUCACAAUUCACUGGAGAUAGCUGAUCGUGGCCUUUCUCUCCCCAAAAGCUAUAGACUUCUUGUCAAGCUCAUUGAGAAAGAAAUUGAAAAAUAAUGAUGAAGCUCGCGUAACACAGAGGUGAGAAUGCGUCGCCCGUUGCGUGCAUCGAUGCCCAGCCCUUGGCAUAUUUAGCGCACGUAUCGCGACCGACUGUCAGAUGGGAAAGUCUACAGAAAAAACGCACUGUAGACUGCAUACAAAGAGACGCCAAGCUACUCAUUUUCCCUCCUCCUCUUCAGCGAAGGAUCUGUGAGACAGGGACAUCAGACGUGAUGGGUAGAAACAGCGGAGAAGCAGUAAUCGGCAUCCCACCUCUGUGAAUGAUAAUGGACUACCCGGUCAGCGGGCGGCGCUGCUUGAAACCUGCAUCCCUCCGUGAACAGAACCAACCAUUUGACUCUGUUUCCAGAAACGUUACGCGCCGUCCUGCCGUGGAGAGUUGGCUGAACCAGUCCUACACACCCGACAUUCUGCAGGGAGGACUGAAUAUGACGUCCAGGCCAGAUUUCCCACCUACACCAUCCUCGGCGCCCUUCUACGAUUUGGACUAUAUGAAGCCGCCGAUCGACCAUAAACGAUAUAUCCUCGUUUCUAUUGCGCUCAUCAUCAUAUUUGGUCUUCUGGCGUGGCUGAUCAUCUUGCUACUAAUGAGAUACCGGGAUCAGCAUGGAAGAUGGUUUUGGAAGCCUGAUUUAGGCAGACUGUUUCGCGGAAGAUUGCAAGGAUGCCGGAAUUUUCUACGAGGCCGCUUCUCGAGGGAUUCAAGCUUCAGAGGCGGCUACCCGCACGAACGUUCAUUUGGCGUGGGGAAUUCGAAUGAAACUGCGUUUAGGGGUGGCUUCCCUCACGAGAGUACAAUAGGAGAUGGCUUUAUUCCGGAGCCCUGUAUGAGAGGAAGCUUCCCACACACACCGACGUUAUCAGAUACACUUCCACGGAAACCCCGCGAAUCACACAUACGCCUACAUCGCUGUUACACGAUAGCCGGGGAUAUACACCCUUGGACAACCGCCCAGGAUUACGGGGCGCAACAGGCUUCAUCAGUUAACGCCGGACGGCGAUUCUCAAGAAGCAGCAGCGUCGAUUCAAGGGACGGUUACCUGCGCAAUGCUACCUCGCAGGCAGACCUAAGAGAUGGCCCGCCCUCCCUACAUCCCGCGCAACCUAUCAUGAGUACAGAGGAAUUUGUACCGCAGUAUGAUCCUUCGAGAAGACCCUCAGGCAACACGAAACGCACAAAAAUUCAAAGGCAAUACUCCUUUUCUUACGAGCAUUACGGGGAGGUUCCAUUAUGGCUUGCAAGCCAUACAUUCAACACGGAACAGAUCGCGGUGCAUAAUUACGGGCAGCCCCCACCGAGCCCACCGGACGACACGCCAACCAUGGACGCCAGGUAUGACGUUAUGUACGAGCAGUACGGCUCAGACGAGCCGCCCGGCGGACUGGAAGCGCACCAAUUAGACACGGCUAUGGUGAUAACUACGGCAGAUCCUCUGACCAUGAGCCCCGAGCAGGCACCUGUGCUGACGUCCGCGGGGACGGAUGCAUCAAACAUGCUGAAGCAGAACUGCACCGUGUGGAUGCAAACCGAGCAUCGCAGACCAGAUCGGAUAUCUCCUGUAAGACAGUCAUCAACAGCCUCAAUAGAAACGACUGUCUGAUCCACUACCUGAUACCUAUUCACAUUUUGAAAAAUAUUGAUAGCUUGGAGAGGGUGUAUUACUAGAUGGUAGAUCCCCAAAAUGGCGAGAGCUUGUAUCUCCUUGGACCAUUCCCUUACUGAUAAUUCUUAUUCAUUUAUUCUACGUAUUGCCUGCUUGAAUUAUUUAGGGUGACAACGUCUUGGAAAGCGGUUUGCCUUACUCUGAAUAUGUUUUCCAUCAGAGGUUGUUGGCAUCAAUAGCUAUUUGAAUCCAUUACAUUCUGAAAAAUAUAAUAUUCAUGGGAAGAAGGAAGUGCAAAUUGUGACAAUGCGUGUGUGAUUGUAUGUCUGAAUAGAUUCACCUACUUACAGCAUAGAAGUCAAGGACAGUAGUCAAGUGUAAUUCAUGUUUGUACCAAAGAGUAGUUUUCUACAGGUGUUGGUACCACAUUUGUCAUGAUUUGUUAAGUAUUAAUCAGGCUAAGAACUGCCUAUACUGGCCUUAACACUGUAGAGAAUAUGUUGCCCCGUCACAGAAUGUGUAGCGGGUGCGUCGAACUGCCGUGGGUUGCUUAAUUGGCUGCUGCAACCAGCGGCAAUAAUGAAGGAUUCUCUGUUGAUGGUUGAUGGCGCCUUCUUUCCAAGGAUAAAAAGAUGGAAAGCCCCUGGUAACCCU